AUCAGUAUAUUUGGACCGUGAUUUGGCGUGCGCAUGCAUUGACGUGACGCGGUCGCUUUUUUUUUCAAAUUGGAUUUGUGUGUUGUCUUUUACCAUCUACAAUGAACGUGAGCUCGGAUUUCGAGGAAAAAAGUGAAUAAAAUGCAAGCAUUUCGAUGUCCAGUAGUUGUAGUGCUUGGUGCAACAGGAGCUGGAAAGUCAAGACUGGCACUAGAACUAGGAAGAAGAUUCAACGGGGAGAUUAUAAGUGCAGACUCAAUGCAGGUGUACAAAGGCCUGGACAUCAUAACAAAUAAAGUCACGCCAGAGGAGCAGGAGCAAUGCCCCCAUCAUGCACUUGGAACGGUCCACCCCCUACAGCGCUUCACUGUUGUUGACUUCAGGAAUCGGGUCAUUCCACUCAUAGAUGGGUUGGUUAGUAGAGGAAGAUUACCCAUAAUAGUUGGAGGGACCAAUUAUUACAUCGAAGCCUUGCUCUGGAAAGUUCUGUUGACAGAGGAGGAGAAUGGCAGUUCUGAAGGCCUUAUGUUUGAAACCAGGGGUGAUGUUGAGAAAUUGAGACUCAGACGUAGAGUCAUCCAAGGUAUUAGGUCUUGUGGGAACUCAGAAGGGACCCUUCCCCAAGAAAGAACUCUUUCACAGUCACAGAGAACAACCCAAGAGCCACGAAGGAAGCAGGAAGAACAAUGUGAUCUGCAAGUUACAAUACCUCCAGGAAAUGACAGUUUUGUGACAAACAGCCACUCAGAACUCACUGAUCAUCAUACAUGUGAAGGAUCGGACCAAUCAGGGAUGGAGAAAUCCAGGGACGUUGACCAAUCAAAGGCCAGGACAGAAGUGGGUUGUGACCAUGUAGAACCAAGAUCACACCAAGUCAUCAUGAGAACUGACCAAUCACAUGUUGUGUUACCAAUGAUGCAUGUCAAUUCAGGUAAAGUUGGCCAAUCAGAAAACCUGAAAGACCAUACCCAAAAGGGUUGUGUCAUUGGAGGUGUUGUGAAAGAAACAGUUGAAGAAGAUAUCGAUGUGGAUGUCACUAAGAUGGAUAGUAGCGAGCUUCAUGAACUCCUACAAGAGAUCGAUCCUCAAAUGGCUGAUAAAUUGCACCCCAACGACAGGAGGAAAAUAAUCAGGAGCCUACAGGUGUAUGAACAGCAUGGAGUAUGUCAUAGUGAUCUUCUCAAGGAACAGAGAGACCAGGAAGGGGGUAGCCAUCUUGGUGGACCCCUCAGAUACAAAGAUCCUUGUGUAUUCUGGGUUCAAACAGAGCAAUCUGUCUUGGAUACCAGGCUUGACAAGAGAGUAGAUAGCAUGAUGAAUGCAGGACUAGUGAGGGAACUGGAAGAUUUCCACAAAGAGUACAAUGAGCAGAGACUAGCUGGUCAAAUCAAAGAAGAAGAGAUGUACACCCAAGGCAUUUUCCAGUCAAUAGGUUUCAAGGAGUUCCACCCGUAUCUCGUCAUCGAUGAGGAUAGGAAGCACAGUGACGAGGGUCAGCGGUUGCUCGAGGAGAGCAUCGAGAGGCUCAAGACGGCAACCAGACAGUACGCCCGUAGACAGCUCAAGUGGAUCAGGAAUAGAUUCUUGAAGAGAGGCGACAAUUCUCCGUCUGUCUUUGGGUUAGACUCCACCAAACCGGAUGAAUGGGACCGGAACGUCCUUGGGCCAGCUACCAGGAUUCUAGAAGCAGUUAUGCAGGGCAAGGAGUCCCCGAUUUCUCCACUCCCGUGUGAAGAGCGGAAGGUGAAUGACCUUUCCCAGACCUUUGUGUGUGAUGUCUGCAAGGGGAGGCAAUUUGUCGGCCAGCAGCAGUGGACAGCUCAUCUUCAAUCGAGAAGACACCAGAAGCAAGCGAGAAAGAAGAGACUGAGAGAACUGAUGGAGAAAGAAGGGUCUAAGAAAGGAGCUGCAUCGUCAUCAUCACUAUCGUCAUCGUAAUCACCGUCGCUGUCAUCGUAAAUGUUACCCUCAUCACCACGAUCUAAACACAAACUCACAUCAACAAUUCACCUGUAAGAUAGUAUAGGCUGAGAUGAUCCCGACAUAAAAGGUGAAAUCGACGAUAACAUUGAAAAAUAAUGUGCAAUAUGUUCUUGAUGAUUCAGUGGUCCAGGGAUGUGGUGUUUCAAAUCGGACGCAUCCGAGAAUGAAUAAAAAAUGGUAUGCCAGGCUUCGUGAUCUGACUUGAGAGUUGGUAAAUCAUGUAACAAUUUGUAUUCUUACAUAUGUAAUCAACAAAAUUUAAACAAUUCUUACACUUUGUCAUGUAAGUACACAUCCAUGCCAAGUAGCAAUUUUAUACAUGGAGUAACUAUGUCUGCACAUGUGAAAAUUAUCACUUUCAACUUUGAAAUUAAUUAUUAAUCUACAAUAUGGGAUUACGUACUAAAAAUACAAAUGCUUUUACUGCCUCUGUAUGUAAUUCCUAUGACAGAGGUAUUAUUCUCUCAAAAGUGAGGCAGCAUAUUUCUGUGUACUAUACUUCUACACUGCAUGAAGUAAAUUUUUUUUUCUGAACGUUUGAUCUGAAACCAAAAUACAAGGAGAGAAUCCAUCUUAUCAGAAAGAAUAGAAUGAGAGGAGCAGCUUAAAACUUGUUUCAUCAAAAUCGGUUAUAGAAUUAGCGAGUUAUGGAAGUUUAAAAAGUCUUGUUGUACUUUCUAUGGGGAUCCUAAAAUUGACAAACAUGCUUCAAAUGGCUGAUUUUGUGGACAACUCUCCCAUUUGAUUUGUAAGUUUCAGAUUUUCCCCUUUAUUUUACAUAUUUCACAUUGUCUCCUCCUGACCUUGACAUAGAUGUAUAUGGUUUGAAUUAUAUUUUCACACGACAUAUGGUAUGCUCAGAAGUAGGCAAGAUGCAAUUUGAGAGAUAAUGGGAAAAUCUGAAAAUUUGUGUACAAAGCAAAUGGAGAGUUGUCCACAAAUCUGCAAUUCUGAAGCAUUUGAGGAUCCCUGUAGAAAGUACAACAAGACUCUUUAAACGUCCUUAACAUGCUAAUUUCAUAACCGAUUUUGAUGAAACUUGUUUUUAAUUGUUCCUCUUAUUUUACUCUUGCCACAAAGAUUGCUUCUCUUCUUGGGUUUUGGUUUCCGUUAAAGACGACUUAUCAGACAAACCUAUUGGCCUUAUAAGGUGGUCUUGAAUCCAUGGCCUAUAUUUGAUGCAGUUUUGAUGCAUCAAUUACACAUACUGUGGCACCUACUCUGUAUAAUGAUGAAAAUCCAUAUUUUAUAGUUCAAAAUAGACAUGAAAUGAAAUACUCAGAAAAUUUGCUUUGCCCAAUUGAUCGUGGGCCCGGCAGCCACUCCAGAUCGAUGAGGCUCUAUCCCUUUAAUCAUUGAACGCCAAUCAGGGUAGCAGCAACUCCCAUCUUUUAACGUCUUUUGGUCUGACGCGGCCGGGGUUUGAACCCCCCGACCUCCCGGUUGUGAGACGGACGCUCUACCAACUGAGCCAACACACCGGUCAUGAUAAUGUGAUAGAUGAUGUGAUAUAAUCAAAGUUUCUAAUAAUGAAUGCUUGCUCUCAUCACAUCAUGCUAAAUUCAUACUUACCUCGGUCACAUUUGCUCUACGGUGGCCUUACGGCGAGUUGAAAACAGUCAUUUUAUUCAAGCCACCUUUAUUUAGCUGGUACAAAAAAUGUUAAAACGGCUGUUUCCGACUCGCCGUGCGGUUGCUGUAGAGCAAAUGUGAUUGAGGUAUUAGUGUUCUUUCAUUAUCGGAUGCUUUUUCAGUUUGCAUUUUACAUUAACUAUAAUUAAUACUAAUUAAUGCAUGAAAUCUGCAUAAAAGAUGGUUUCAUAACCAUUGAUUCUAAACAACCUUUUGUCGGACUCGGUCAUAAUCUAUCUGAAACACACCUCUAUAUCUAGCCAUACUAAACUGAUAAUUACUCGACUAAAUUAUGCACUAAAAGAUGAUGAAACAAAUAAAUAUAUUUUUUCUUAUAAACAGAAUU